AGUCACGCGUCGCGCCGCCUCUUGCCCUGUCGCCCAGCGCCGCUCGCCUGCGCCUCCCCUCCAACGCUGCACCGGCGCCGCUCGCCUGCGCCUCCCCUCCAACGCUCCGCCGACGUCGCUCGCGGCUCGCCACGAGGCCAGCAGCCUCCGCCCGCCGGAUCCGGCGGGAGCCCGCUCGCUGCGCCGGUCGCCUGGUCCGCCUCAGUGCCGCAAACGCUGGCCCGCCCCGGCGCCCCCAGACCCCAGUCGCGGCUCCGGUUCGCCACCAGCCGCCGGCCCACCCCGACGUCGGCCCCGCCGAAGAAGAAGAGAGCGACGUGGCGCCAACCGGCAACCGCGCCGUGGCGCCCCCAGCCCCCAAACCGGACAGAUCAAGGUAAAUCCCCAUUCUCCACCUCAACCCUAGCUGAUUUUUGUAUGUCAGCCUUCAGUCCUGGGGGCGAGCCCAUGUGUAUUCCUGGAGCUGAAGGCAUCUGUGACUUAGGUAAAUUCACGUUUUGAAAAUUUUGAAUACCCAAACUUCAAAUCCUGGGCCCGCCCACCUGCUGGUUCUUUUACUUCUUUUGAUUUGAUGCACAAAAGUUACGUAGGCUUUCUGAUUUCUACCCUAAUGACUUUGUUGCCUCGGAUUUGGUCAAACUUAAUUGCAACUUGAGAAUUAUAUCGAUGACAUUAGACAUGAGGACAGCUUCAAAGGUCUUACCAAUCUUGUUGACCUCUCAGUUAAGCUAGUUGAAAUGGGAGGCAUAAGGUUUAUGAUAUGGUUUAUAAUCUUCUCAAAUUGGUCUUGCUUCUACCGGUGGCAAUGGCAAGAGUUGAAAGAGUCUUCUCUGCAAUGACCUUUGUGAAAACUAAUAUGAGAAAUAAGAUGGGAGAUAGUCUUUUGGAUGAUUUUCUACCCACAUCCAUCGAGCGAGAUAUCUUCUUUCAAGUGAAUGAAGAUGAUAUAAUUAAUACUUUCAUGAACUUUAGUAAGGGUAGGCUUGAUAAGAAGAAAUAAGAUAAUCUCUUUGAUCUAUUGUAGGCGUGUAAGUUAUUUUAUGCAUUUCAAAGACUUAAUGUGCUUCUACUAUUUAUAUUGUAAUCUAUGCAAGUAUUGAACCUAAUUGCUUACAAUACCGAAUUGCUCAUCGAUUUUUUUUUGUUGUGUACUGACUUUUUCUUUAGGAUUGUACCGAAUACCGAAUUUCAUGUUGAAAUUUUGACGUGCCAUACCCUAAGUUCCAAUCCUAAGUCUGGCACACAGGCCCACUACCACAAACUGCUCCGGCUCCACCGGUCAUAGACUCACAACCAAGACGAGACUGGGCGGCUGCUUGCUCAGAUCGGAGUUGCGGCGCCGGCAGCGGAGAUGGCGAUCCGGUACUACUGGCCGAUGGUUGCUGCGGCCGUUGGGUUCCGCCUUGUCCUGGUCCUCUUCGGCGGGGACCUCCACCUCGCCUCCCGCCCCGAGGUCUCCACCCCACUCACCUCCCUACGCCGCUUGGCGGAAGGCUACUGGCUGAAGCAAGCGUCCUUGUCGCCCUACUCUGGUUCUAUGUAUCACGGUUCCCCUUUGCUGCUGUCCGUUCUUGGCCCAUUAACUAGUAACAGAUCUGGUGGCAAGCAUGCUCAUGUUUAUUGCAGUUUGAUUUUUGUGGCUGUAGAUUUUCUAGCUGCCAUGCUUAUUCGAGGUACUGGUCGUAGACUCCAAAUGUCACGGAACAGAAGCUUGAAGUCACUUGACCUCACAAAAUCAGUAAAUAAUUCAGCUAAUGUAAGUGCAGGAGAUAUCGCUUCUCUCAUAUAUUUGUGGAACCCUUGGGCAAUAGUCACUUGCGUGGGUUCAUGUACAUCACCAAUCGAGAAUUUAAUGGUCGUGAUAAUGAUCUAUGGGGCCUGUUCACGUUUGGCUCCUCUUGCUGCCUUUGGAUAUGUUAUGGCCACACACCUCUCUCUUUAUCCUGCAAUUCUAAUUGUACCGGUCAUUCUUUUGUUGGGGUAUGGUCCAGAUGCUCCUCCAACAAAAGUAUUUCUUGUGAAAAGCUCAAGUGACAGUAAAAGUGGCAUGUCAGAAUAUGAUAAACGAAGUAGCCUGAAAGUGCAACGAUUCUCAUGGAUGACAGUACUUCACUUCAUAUUUUGGCUAUUCAUCUGGUCUUGCUAUGUGUUGUUAUUGAGCAGCAUGAUUCUGAAGAAAGUUGGUGGCCUUAGCGAGAUGUUUGAAAAGACCUAUGGUUUUAUUCUUACUGUGAAGGACCUAUCACCUAAUAUUGGUGUUUUAUGGUACUUCUUUGCUGAAGUCUUUGAUUUCUUCAGAACUUUCUUUCUUAUAGUCUUCAAUAUGAACAUUCUUUUCAUGGUCUUGCCGUUGGCCAUCCGUUUGAAGCACCGUCCGUGCUUUCUUGCAUUUGUUUACACAGCAAUCGUCGCUAUGUUGAAAUCAUAUCCCUCGGCUGGAGAUUCAGCUCUGUAUCUAGGUCUUCUGGGCCUAUUUGCCAACGAGUUAGCAGAGAUGCAGUUCACAUUCUUAUUAUUUUUCGGAUAUAUUGGAGUAUCGCUCCUUAGCCCUGUCAUGCACAAUUUGUGGAUCUGGAGGGGCACUGGUAAUGCAAAUUUCUACUUUGCCACCGGUUUGGCCUAUACUUGCCUUCAGACUGUGUUGGUUGUAGAGAGUGUAGGUUCAAUGAUAAAGCACGACAGAAAGCUAAGACUACUUGUGACGAGUUAACUUGGUCCCUCAGCUUCUUAGAGGCUCGACCUCUGAUGCUUGCAAUUUUCUUUCUGGUGCUCUUGAACUCAAACGGCUCGUCAUCCUGGAGUUUGUAAAUGUAGUUCACAAUUUGUGUAUCAUGUUGUACUGUAUGCCCCCACUUUUGUACAAUAUAUGGACCACAAACCUCUUUAACAGAGAGUCAAAGACUAAAGGAACACAAAAGGGCUCUCCCUCGGACUAAUUGUAGUCAGUGCUGGGCUUCGAUGUGGAUUCUGUGAUGUCAAUCAUCCAGCAUGGUUGCAUGGACCACAUGUACAAUUUGUACUUUCAGUUUGCCAGAUGAAGAAGAAAAUUACCCGUAGCA